AUGAAACCGAUAUUGGCUCACCUAUGCAUUUCUCCGAACAAACGCAAAGCCAAUAAGAAAGUCAACAACGUUUCAUCCGAUGAAACAUGUCUCAGUAAUAUUCACUCAGAUUCUCUUCAGAACUUGUUCGAGAUUGGUCUUCCAUGUAACGAAUCGGUGGAAGAAAAACUCUGUUGGAUUCAGUCACAAAUCAUCGGUGACGAUGCAGAGUUUGAUUCUCCGUUCGGAAGACGAAAGCUUGUCUAUGCAGAUCAUACAGCUUCUGGUCGCAGUCUUCAUUGCAUUGAAAACUUCAUCACCAAACAUGUUCUUCCUUUCUACGGUAAUACUCAUACUUCUGAGAGUCACGUUGGAAGCAGCACAACAAAAAUGCUCCAUGAAGCAACUGAGUAUAUUAAGAAAUGUUUAGGAGGUGGAGAAGACGAAGCACUCAUGUUAUGCGGUUCCGGCGCAACCGCGGCGAUCAAGAGGCUACAAGAAGUAAUGGGAAUCGCAGUGCCUUCUAUUUUGAGGGAGAGAAUGUUGAGGUGUCUUGAUGAACAAGAAAGAUGGGUGGUUUUUGUAGGACCUUAUGAGCAUCAUUCAAAUUUACUUUCUUGGAGACAGAGUUUGGCUGAGGUUGUAGAGAUUGGACUUGAUGAUAAAGGGUUGCUUGACAUGGAAGCUUUAAAGCUACAGCUUGAAGCUUAUAAAGAUUCUAAUAGACCAUUGUUGGGAUCUUUCUCUGCUUGUAGUAAUGUUACUGGAAUUUACUCGGAUACGCGCGCGAUUGCGAGGCUUCUUCAUCAAUACAAUGGAUUUGCAUGUUUUGAUUUUGCAGCAAGUGGUCCUUACGAGGAGAUUGAGAUGAGAUCGGGGAAGAUAGACGGGUACGAUGCUGUAUUUAUCAGUCCACAUAAGUUUCUAGGGGGUCCUGACUCUCCUGGAGUGCUUUUGAUGAACAAGGCAUUGUAUCAUUUGAGAUCUGCACCUCCAUCUACUUGUGGAGGUGGAACUGUCAAUUACGUUAAUGGCUUCAAUGAAAAGGAUACAUUAUACUUGGAGGACAUAGAAGAAAGGGAAAACGGUGGCACACCACCAAUAAUCCAAACAAUGAGAGCAGCAUUAGCAUUUUGUGUGAAAGAAUUCAUCAACUACAAAGAGAUUGAAAAGCUUGAACAAUUCUACAUUAACAAAGCACUUAAGAGACUCAUGUCUAACCAAAACAUUGAAAUCCUAGGAAACAUGGACACCAAAAGACAAGCUAUAUUGUCUUUUGUCAUUUACUCUACCACAAAAACUAAGAACAAAAGAGGUAAGAUACUUAGUGGCUCUUUUGUUGCGACAUUGUUAAACGAUCUCUUCGGCAUUCAAUCGCGAGGUGGAUGUGCUUGUGCUGGACCUUAUGGUCACCAUUUGCUCAACAUUAAUGAGCCUCAAUCACUUGAAGUUAGAUCAAUAAUUCAAGAGGGUUAUGUUGGUGCGAAACCGGGUUGGACAAGGGUUAGUUUUCCUUAUUACAUGAAGGAAGAGGACUUUGAGUUCAUUUUGACUGCCAUAGAGUUUCUAUCUGUUUAUGGACAAAGGUUUCUUCCACUAUAUAAGUUUGAUUUGAAGAAUGGGAGUUGGAAAAUAAGGAGACAUAAACUUGAGACUUUGAUCAAGGAGAGUAAAUGUUGUUGUAAAGAAAGUAAAGAGAAAACAAUAAGUGAUUAUGUUAAAGUUGGUAGUGAGUAUAAUGUUGGAAGUAAACAAAUUGGAGUCUUGAGAAGGAAAUCAUACAUUGAUGCUAAAUGUAUUGCUAGGAGACUCCCCAAGUUUUCUUCUCAAAGUAUGCUACAUCUUGGUGUAGAUGUAGAUCCUAGUGUGCUCCAUUUUAUAGUUUAA